CUGGUGCCAUUUAGUGUCUGCUGGUGCUUGAGUUUGCUGCCUGCCUUCCUACCAUGUCUAACGAAGUAGAAACGAGCACCGCUAAUGGUCAGCCUGACCAGCAACAGGCUGCAACAAAAGCUCCAUCUAAAAAGGAGAAGAAGAAAGGCUCUGAAAAGACAGAUGAAUAUCUCUUAGCAAGAUUCAAAGGUGAUGGUGUGAAAUACAAGGCCAAGCUCAUUGGUAUUGAUGAUGUGCCAGAUGCAAGAGGUGACAAAAUGAGCCAAGACUCCAUGAUGAAACUAAAGGGAAUGGCUGCAGCUGGUCGGUCUCAAGGACAACACAAACAAAGGAUCUGGGUCAACAUUUCUCUUUCCGGAAUAAAAAUAAUUGAUGAGAAAACUGGGGUAAUUGAGCAUGAACAUCCAGUAAAUAAAAUUUCUUUUAUUGCCCGUGAUGUGACAGACAACCGAGCUUUUGGUUAUGUCUGUGGAGGAGAAGGCCAGCAUCAGUUUUUUGCCAUUAAAACAGGACAACAGGCUGAGCCAUUAGUUGUUGAUCUUAAAGAUCUUUUCCAAGUUAUCUAUAAUGUAAAGAAAAAGGAAGAAGAAAAGAAAAAGAUGGAAGAAGCUAACAAAACAGUAGAGAAUGGAAGCGAGACUCUACUGAGUUUUGAUGAACAAGCUAACAAACUGAGACUGGGUGUUGACCAGAUGGAUUUGUUUGGGGACAUGUCUACACCUCCUGACCUAAAUAGUCCAACAGAAAGCAAAGAUAUCCUGUUAGUGGAUCUAAACUCUGAAAUCGACACCAAUCAAAAUUCUUUAAGAGAAAAUUCAUUCUUAACAAAUGGCAUCACCUCCUGCUCUCUCCCUCGACCAAAGCCUCAGGCAUCUUUCUUGCCUGAAAAUGCCUUUUCUGCCAAUCUCAACUUCUUUCCCACCCCUAAUCCUGAUCCUUUCCGUGAUGAUCCUUUUGCACAACCAGACCAAUCGGCACCCUCUUCGUUUGAUUCUCUCAACUCUCCAGAUCAGAAGAAAGAGAAUUUGAAUAACUUGUCUUCUCCACAGAGUAAUGGGCCCCUGAAUGGGGAUGGUGAUUACUUUGGUCAACAGUUUGACCAAAUCUCUAAUCGGACUGGCAAACAGGAAACUCAGGCAGGCCCAUGGCCAGCAGUGAGAACUCAAAAUGGGGUAUCAGAAAGAGAACAGAACGGCUUCCAUAUCAAAUCCUCCCCGAACCCUUUUGUUGGAAGCCCUCCCAAAGGACUCUCUGUACAGAAUGGCGUCAAGCAGGACUUGGAAAGUUCUGUCCAGUCCUCAGCACAUGAUUCCAUUGCCAUUAUCCCUCCUCCACAAAGUACCAAACAAGGAAGAGGCAGAAGGACUGCUAAGUCUCCAGCAAAAGACUUGCUUGCAUCAGACAUUUUUGCUCCUGCAGUCUCAGAACCUUCAGGUCAGAUAUCACCUACAGGACAAGCUGCAACCUUGCAGACCAACCCUCUGGAUCUCUUCAAAACAAGUACUGCAGUCCCAGUGGGGUCCCUCGCAGGUCUAGGUGCUGUAGCAGUUACACCCCCUCAGGCAGGACAGUGGAAUCCAACACCUGUGGUCUUUAAUCAGUCCGCUUCAGUGGUCCCAGGUGCCAUGAUAGGUGGUCAACCUUCAGGAUUCGGUCAAGCAAUAGUUUUUACAAGUCCUGCUGUUCCAGGUUGGAACCCUCAACCUGCCUUGGCAGCUUCAAUUUCCCCUCCAGCCCCUGCUGGUUGGGGCCAAUCGACAUCAGUGGCAACUAAUACUUGGUCAUCAACAAGCCCUUUGGGGAAUCCUUUCCAGAGCAAUAUUUUCCCACCUACUUCUGGGUCUGCCCCAUCCUCUUCUAUGCUUUCCUCUCUCCUGGUCACUCCUCCUCAACCUCCUCCCAGAACUGGCCCUCCAAAGGACAUCUCCAGCGAUGCCUUCACUGCCUUGGACCCACUGGCAGACAAAGAAGUCAAAGAAGUGAAAGAAAUGUUUAAGGACUUCCAAUUGCGGCAGCCACCUGUGGUGCCUGCCAGGAAGGGAGAACAGUCUUCCUCUGGGACCUCAAGUGCCUUCUCAAGCUAUUUUAACAGCAAAGUUGGCAUUCUCCAGGAGAAUGCAGACCAUGAUGACUUUGAUGCUAACCAACUGUUGAAAAAGAUCAAUGAAACACCAAAGCCAUCUACCAGACAAGCUGUGCCUUCAGUUACUAAAUCUGCUGACAAUGCAUUUGAGAACCCUUUCACUAAAGAUUCAUUCAAUUCAUCACAAGCCUCUAUGGCUUCUCCUCAAGUUGCUUCUCCUGGUGUCUAUAGGGAUCCUUUUGGAAAUCCUUUUGCCUAAUUUCUGCACCUGGCAUGCUGACUCUCCAGAGGAACACAAAUGUUGCCCUUCAUAAUCAAGGACAAAGAUAAUAGCCAGACGAGCCCUGACCUCUGUCCUUGUUCCAGCUUUGACAUAUUAUCUGCUGCCUUAUUAUUGUUUUUUGUUUUGUUUUGAUUUUUUGCAGCUUCUUCCACUUGUAUGAUGUAUUUCUCUAUUUAGAAUAAAGCCAAACUGAAUGUAUGGCUUUAAAUAAAUUGAGAACUUGACCUCUCUUACAAAAAUGUAAAAUCUAAUACUUCCCUGUUUGAACCCUGCCUAUCUAUGUGUCCCUAGAAUCUAAUUGAGUCCUCUGACAAAUUCCCUAUUUUUGGAAAUAGGGUACCACAGCAGCUCAGAUCAGACUAUUUUGAAUAAAUUUUAAAGUCUUUACUGUUUAAAGUUGUCUGUUUUAGAAC